AACUUGGAGCCUAUCCCAGGGAGCAUCGGGCAGAAGGCGGGGUACACCCUGGACAGGGUGCCAAUCCAUCGCAGGGCACAAUCACAUACACACUCACACGCCCAUUCACACACUACAGACACUUUGGACAUGCCAAUUAGCCUACCAUGCAUGUCUUUGGACUGGGGGAGGAAACCGGAGUACUCGGAGGAAACCCCCACAGCACGGGGAGAACAUGCGCACACAGGGCCACGGUGGGAAUCGAACCCCCGACCCUGGAGGUGUGAGGUGAACCACUAAGCCACCGUGCGCCCUUGAAUCUAGCUAUAAACUGUUAAAAAGUAAUGGAAAGCAUGUCAUUAAUAUUAAUGCAAUAUUAAUUAUUAACGGGAAUAAACCACUUCAGGACAUGUUUGAGGAAAAUAAUCCUCUUCUUUGCAUUGAUCCAAAGCAAAGCUCACCACCCUGUGGUGGAUUAUUUUUCUACAACACCACACUCCAUUACUGCUUUAUUCCUUACUUUAUUACAAUAUCUUUUAACAACACGAGAGUUUUAGGGCCCGAUGAAAGAAGUAUUUAUUGGAGCUGUGUGUUUAUAACAAUGCUUGAUCAAAAUGGUAUGUAACUAUUACAAUACAAGGAUAUGAAAACAGUGAAACUUGUCUAGCUUCUGGGUUGACGUUUGAAGCACAACUCUAAUCUUUAACAGAGGGCUGAAUCCUAAAUAAAAGGCUUUUGAACCUUUUAUAGUGCAUUAUUUAUCAAAUAUGGAGGAGGUGCGGUUUAACUACAUGACUGUAGUAGUCAUAAUUACUAAGCAUGGUUAUAUGGUUCCUCAUUUAGGCAGAUGUGUGUGUGAGAGAGAGAAAGAGAGAGACAGAGAGAGAGUGUGUAGAACGUUCAAGAAUGAACGGCGCGAAACUUUUUCUAGGGUUGCCAGUGGUAAUAAAAACACAAACUAUCAAUACAAGUAUAGAAUAUCCUGACAACUCGUCUCACUUCAGUACUGUAUUUAUUAGAGUCUUAAAUGAGUUUUAAUAAGUAGUGUGUGCGGAUUUGGCAACCCAGCCAGUCGGAGACCUGAUAGCGGACGGAGGUGUGUGAAAGCUCCAGGGAGCUUCAUGAGACUACUGGAACGCUGAACUUCAUGAAACGGCAACAGCAGUAAGAGAUAAGUUAGGCAGAUUUUUUUAUUUAUUUUUUUGGAUGUGGAAAGGUGAGGUAUUUCGUUCAGGUUUUGGGAAAAUAUGUAUAUGUAUAUGUAUAUAUGAAGGCAUUGUGAGCAGUCUUGCGAUAGCGAGUUGGAAACAUGGCGGAAUCGGGAGUUCCCGCAGCGGAGACUUCGCACGUCAACCGGUCGGUUUUGGUCUUUGACUGUCGCCCCGAAAAUAAAGAAGCUUCUGGAAAGAUGUUGGAUAUCGGCAGCAUGAGCUACAAACAGUUCCUGUGUGCUGUGCGGAAGGAAUUUUCUAUCUCAGUAAAUGAAAGCUUUGUGAUCACUACGACAGAUCGCAGGGAGAUUGAUUCAGAUGUUUACGAAGAAUUAUCAGAUGGAAAAACUUUACACCUGCUAAAGUCUGUGGAUCAGGAGUUGGUUGUGGCAACUGAAGAACGAAUUAAUUAUGUUCCCCAUUUCCACACCAUUGUACAGAGUGGCCAGUAUGAGUACUAUGCCAGCGAAGGACAGAAGGCACUACCCUACGCCUUUGCUGAGCUUAUUGAUAAUGCACUUUCUGCAACCGCGCAUAAUCCUGAAACAAGGAGCAUUGACAUAAGAUUGUUUUUUGAUGAGUCUCAAGGUGGGCCUGCAGUAGUAGUGAUGGAUAAUGGUCGUGGAAUGACCUCUAAAGAGUUAAAUAACUGGGCAGUUUAUCGCCUUUCCAAAUUCAACCGAGAUGACCGCACUUUUAGGAGUGAUAAAUCAGGAUACGUGCGUCCCAGUGCAGUCCCUCGCAGUUUGAACAGUGACAUCUCCUACUUUGGUGUUGGAGGCAAACAGGCUGUGUUUUAUAUAGGCCAGUCAGUACGGAUCAUAAGUAAGCCAGGUGGCUCUCCAGAUGUACAUGAGUUUGUCAUGUCUAAAGAAGACUUUGAGCAGAAGGAAAAAAACAACAAAGAAAUUUAUUGUGGUAUAAUCCGGAACAGGAAGCCAGCAGAUGACUCUCAUGUGAGAGUGGAUGAAGAGCGUUUCCUGCAAUCACUGGUUCUGGAAGAGAAAGGCAAGGACAGUUUUACUGCUAUAGUUAUAACUGCAGUCCAGCCAGAACAUGUUGCCUACUUAAAAAAGGAUUUCGACUCCUGGACCAGAGAGCUGGCGCACAUCUAUCAUUACUAUAUUCACGGUAUUUAUGGAAAUGACAUGAGAGACACCCGAACCCCCGUAACUAUGUCAAACAUUGACAUCCAGAUCUGUCUAAUUGAGCGGUCCCCUCGCUUGCCAAGGCUGCUUAAUCUAAAAGAGAUAGAUAAUGACAUGCAGACUCUUUAUAUAAACUCCAGUGUGGCAGAGUUUGAGUUUAAAGCCAGCAGAGGAGGAGAUGCCAAAGUAGAGGGACUGCUUAGAUAUCAUCCAUUCCUGUAUGAUCGAGAAACCUACCCAGAAGACCCAUGUGCAGUUAAACCAGCUCUAGAGAGUGACGAAGAUUGUAUUGUUUUACACGCGGAGGGUCGAGGGAAAAGACCCAUCUUUGAAUGCUUUUGGAAUGGACGAUUAAUUCCUUAUUCUUCUGUUGACGAGUUUGAGUGGUGUGAAAGACCUAAGAAAGUCAGUUCAGUACCAUUAGAAUGUUAUAACAGGAUAUCGGGCGUUCUCUUCACUAAUGAUCAUUUUAAAGUCAGCACCAACAAACUGACAUUUAUGGAUCUGGAGUUACAGCUACGUGACAAGGAAACUAUCUUUACAAGAGUUCUGAAUGGUCAGGAACAAAGAGUGCAGAUCAAGCGAGAGUUUGCAAAUUGGUUGAAAGAGUGCCAUGAAAGACACGAUAAACAGGUGAAGUUCCUCGGUUUCCAAGGUGUAAUGACUCGCCCAGAUAUACAACCUAAACGCCUGCAGUCACCAUGGGCCCGGUACAAAACCAUCGUGUGGGAUGGUACAACCUACAAAAGUGGACAGAAGGUGAAGACGAUGAAAACCUCACCUAUUGUUUAUGGCACAGUAAGUCAGUUUUUGCUCUAUGGGGACCAUGAAGGCGACGUCUAUGCCACUGGAGGGCAUGUCCAAAUUGUAGUGGAACCUAAAGAGGUGUACAAUGAGGUUAAGAUCAUCCCCAUUACUAAGAUUGACAGACAGGCUUCAAAUGCUGACAUCAAGGAAAACAUCGAGAAGGAACUGGACAAACUUCCUGAUAAGUUGAGAGUCACAUGGCCAAAGAAGAACCCAUGGCCUGAGAAAGAUGUUAGACCAGCUGGGACUCCCAUGGGACCAAUCAAAGUUGAGAUUUUGAAUAAAAAAGGGGAGACAAUGUCACGGUGGCCGGUAUCCAGUGGUAAUUCCAGGAAAUUCCUGAUUGACCUCAAGGUGGUCUGGCACUCUCCUGACGGGGAUAUCACAACCAACUCUCACACUGGUGUGCACUCCAAGUGGGAAUACUGGUUCAGACCAAUGGAAAAUUUGAAUAAGCUGGGGACAUACACACUUCAUCUGCAGACUAUACUGAGCGACGGUGAUUCCCCAAUGACUGAGUGGGCUGGAACACAACUGCCCCGUUAUACACUCAACUUCAGUAUUAAAGAAGGCAGUGCAGCAGCUUUCGUGACGGGUGUUGUUCCUUCUCCUGUUCAGGUGGGGGUACCCUUCCCGUUGCCUCUGCAAUUUACAGAUGAAUUUAAUCAUCCAGCUCAACCUCCUUCUGGCAUAAAACCCCAGCUUGAGUGCAGUUCAUUGACUCUGAGCUAUGAAGAGACAACUUCAAAAGAUUCUACUUUCACCAUACAAGACCUGAAAGCCAUGGGUAAAUUAACCGACCAUCAGGUCAAGAUACACACUGUAAAGGUAAUGAUCCCAGGCCUCAACCCAGAGUCCCAGACUUUCCAGAUUAGUGUCCGUCCAGGCCCUCCGCACCAUCUGGUGGUGAAGCCUACCGAUGAAGUUUGCAUAGAGAAUGGCACAUCAGCAGGAUUCAGAGUCGAAGUUCAGGAUGAGUUCCAUAAUGUCACGACACAUUCCAGUCUUAUUGUCCGCUGCCAGUUAUUCGGAGCCUCUGAUUUGCCAGCUGACACUGUUGACUGCAGUAAUACUGGUUCUGGUUUGCUGCUAGCAAAACCAAUACAACUGAAGAACGUCACCACAGAGCGCAUCCUCACUGCAAAAUUUGGCAUUCCUAAUCUGAAGGCUGUGGCUUGUGUGGAGAGAAGAAUUCGUAUUUUGCCAAGCACCCGUGUCUUCCGUAUAGAGGUCUACAGGCAGGAGGAUGAUUCGGAUGAUGUCAUGGUGCUUCAGAAUAAGGAGUGUAUUAACUGGACAGCAGGUGACACACUCGGGAGUUUGCGCUUUAAACUCUAUGAUGAGGGGGGAAGGCAGGUGGCUUUAACACAGAGACUUGCCCAUAACAUAAAGGUGAACUGGACUGCAGAUCUUAAAGCUGCAGAAUUGGCAAAGGGAAGACUACCAUGUGUGUGUGUCCCCACAAAAACAAAUGGCGAACAGUUUUAUCAGGUGGCAUUUCAGGAUCAGCACACUGUUGACACAUCCUUUACCAUAAUCCCACGGCCGGAUGAGCCCGAGCGGUUGAAGGUUACUCUCAGUGAGACAACUGUCAGGAUGAGCGAAACUCUGUCUGCAAAUAUUUAUGUUGAGGUGAUUGAUCAGUAUGGCAAUAAGACAGAUGCUCUAAAUGCUGAGAGCAUGAAAGCAGUCAGUGUGUCUGCAGAUAACCUUGAUGAAUCCGCCCUGAAAUUCGACUGGCAGACCAGUACAGGGACAAUGGUGGUGACAGGUGUUCGCUUUGCAGAAGGCCUCCCUGGUCCAAGGCAGUUGUGUUUUAAGUACCAGAAUUUUAAUGGGUUUGUCAGUGUAAAUGUCACUGCUGGACCACCGACAAAAAUCACUCUGCUGGAGGCACCAGAACUGCCAUUAUGCGUGUUAAAUGGACACGGUAUAGCCACUCCAUUCGUGCUACAGUUAUGUGAUGAGUGGGGGAAUCCUGUUCCAGAUCAGCGUGUUGUCAUAGCAAUAAAAACUCUGUCACCACAGCUCAAGGUUAAAUCUUCGGUGAUGUCCCAGCCUGUGGAUGCAGAAGGAAAGGCCAGUUUUAUACUGGAGACCAUAACUGCCAUGAUAGGAGACCAUGAGCUGGAGUUCAGAGGAUCCUUUAGUAGAAACAAGACUAUUUCUGGCCCAGUUGUGAAACUGUGUGUGAUGCCUGAUCCCAACAACCCUGUUAGGCUUUGUGUCGAAUACGACAGUGAAGCCAUCUUAAGAGCUGGAGAUCUUUUCCCUGUGUUCAAAGUAACCAUACUCUCUGAAGAGGGUGGACCUGUGAAGAACGUGAGUCCAUCCAGUCUGUCCAUGCUGCUGUGGCAAGGCUUGGCUUCAGGAUCCCGCCCUCCAACUACGGCAGUAGCACUUAAAUGUAGUAAACCCAAGGACAAGGAAAAUGAUGACCACUUUUACUUCAGAGAUAAAGAGAUUCCUUCCCGAGUGGGGAAGUACAUGUUGCAGUUUCUUUUUGCUGUAGAAAAUGGCAAGUCUCUCUGGAGCAGUCAGAUUGCUCUGGACAUUGUUGCCAAUAAGCCAGUCAAACUCGUCCCAGACACUCCAGCUUCAACUCCUGUGGUCUCCAAUAGCAGCACACUAGCUAAUCGCACUCUUCUUCAAUUCCUAUGCUUGAAGAUUAUGGAUAAGCACAAUAACCCAGCUGGUAUGGGGAUUAAUGGGAAGGUGAUUCUGACUGUGACAACUGUUGAUGGUGAUGAUGCAGAAGGUCUUCCCAUGUUUGAGAACAAGGCCAAGAGUCUAACAUACAAUCUUCUUAAUGGGGAGACUCGUAUCACUGAAUUGGCACUUAUGGAGAAUAGUCCAGGGGCUGAUGGAGCCGUGUACACACUCCAAUUUCGUCCAGUGCUUGAAGGCCCUAAAUCAAACCCCACCAUCCCUCCUUUUAAUUUGCCCUUCAGAUUCUACAAUGAUGCAGAGAACCAGAAGGCUAUGGCUGCCAUGAGUAAGAAGAAAGACCAGCUGUCACAGUCUAUUGAAGUCUACAAAGCAAUUUUGGAAACCAACAAACAACUCACAACUGAACUCAAGGGUCAAGUGCAAGAUGCAGUUAGUAAAGAGGCUCAACUGAAAUCGGAGCUCAAGAACAGUGGCAUAGACAUUUCAAAAUUAACUGAUGUGGAAUCGGUUGAGAAUUUAAUUGAUCAGAUGACUGCACAUUUGGAGGUGCUGCAGAAUCUGCCACGUCGAAAAUGUACCAUGCCUGAUCCAUUCAGAGGCAGCCAUGAUGUCCUAGGAAAGAUAGCACACCUGGCACUGGUGAAGGAUGAUGAUGCAGCAAAGGUCAUUUCCUGGCAUAUUCUUGGUGACAUGGACUGUGUGGUUACUGUGACAACAGCUGCAGCAAAAAAAAUCUACGAUGACACAAAAGGACGACAACAAGUCAUGCCCCUAGAAACAAUUUUCUGGAAACCAAAUAACAGGCCACUGCCCCACAUCAAGAAUGGUCAAAGUUUGUUCCCUCCGUUAGGAAACCCUGUGUUUGCUAGAGAUCUGCUGUUUUUUCCUGACCAUGCCGAAAGCUGCAACAUGGUCUUCACCAAUGUUCUUGGAGACACCAUAUUAGUGGAUGAUUUGGAUUCCGCUAACCAUUACCGCAAGAGGAGAAACUUGAUCUUCAUGAUGCAGCAAGGCAAUGAUCCAAAACACACUGCCAACUCAACAAAGGACUUCAGCAGUGGUAAAACAGUAGAAGGUUUUAGACUGGCCAAGUCAAUCACCAGAUCUUAACCCAAUUGAGCAUACAUUUCACCUCCUGAAGAGGAGACUGAAGGGAGAAACCCCCCAAAACAAACAAAAACUGAAAGAAGCUGCAAUACAAGCAUGGAAAAACAAAAGAAGAAUGCAACAGUUUGGUGAUGUCAAUAGGUCACUGGCUUGACGCAGUUGUUGCCUGCAUGGGAUAUACGACCAAAUAUUAAGUGUUCUUUACUUUAAGACUAUCUGUUCCUAUACUUUUACCUCACCUAAAAAUUGGGUGGUUUGCCACCAAAGGUGCUGUGUUUUAAGUUGUAUAACACAUCUAGGUGUAAAA